AAUUAUAUAUUUAUUCUUUCCCUUCCCCCAACGUAUGUGGUAGUAGACUACGUCCGGAAUACAAGACACAUAAACUUGUGACUUGCUUGUAUGGAAAAAUAUGUUUUGAUGGUUAGACUAAACUUUUAAAGGGUGUGGCCGUCGUCAUAAAAACUAUCGGUUCAACAAAUAUGUCCGACAAAAUGGGGAAUGAAGAGCAGAGAAGCAGCAGUCCUGUUGACAAAAAAUGGGUCCAGUUUGAUGAAAAUAAUGAAGUGAAACCGUCCAACCAUGAUGAGGCUCCUCCUGCUGCACCAGCAAUGUCGAAUUAUAAUGGAGCAGUCAUCGACACAGAGAGUGUCCAGAUUGACAUUGAUAAACUGAAGCAGUUGGCCCAACUAAAAGUACCUGAAGGAGAUGUUCAAGGCGAAGAUUUACAAAAAAGUGUUAACCCAACAAUGAGAAAUAUUAAUCUUGAUGAUCUUGAUGCCUCUGAUAACAAUUUGGCUGCUAUGGUGGACCCUUCAAUUCAGAGAGGUUUUUCAAAUGGUGAUGUAAUAGUAACUGUUUUGCCUGUUAACCAAAAGUGGCCUUGGAUCACACCAGCUGAAUUUCGUCCAGAACUUGUACCUGAAGAGUUAAUGGCAGAAGGACUUAGUUUAACAGUCGAAGAUUAUGUCCAAAUCAUGGAGACAUUGGUACACGAUGUGCGCUUCACAGCUUACAAUCUGUGCUAUAAAAGACUACUGAUGGCUUGGCUUCUGGCUUCAUUUAUUGUUUUACUUGGGCUGCUUUUCUCUGGUGCUAAAGGCAUCACUCUCUUUGGAUGUGGUGUGAUUUGGCUAAUCAUAAAUGCCGGAGCUAUAUUUGUCUGCAUGUGGAUGAAAAACAAGAUGAACCACGGGCUAGAAAAAGCGGUUGCUAAGGCGAAUCAAACUUUAACGCGUCACCGCAUUAUUCUGGGUGUCGAUGACAGAGGAAAGCUUUCCUGUCACAAAACCCAUCUAUGCUUCAUUUAUUUUGAUACAACAGACUGUGUGAGAAAAUUACAAGCAUUGCUGGAUGCGGAAGGUCAUGCAAAUCGUACAGAGACCAAUGCAGAAGAUCUACAACGCCAAAGACAGAUGCGCCAGCGAAUGGACAUUGACGAUACGGACAUUGUAGUGGCUGGUGCCAACCCAAUUCGCAUAUCGCGAAAACAAGCAAGGGCGGGCAUAUUGCUUCUUCGUUACAGCCAGCGAUGGGCUAAAGGAUUGGCUCGAGGAAGUCUCGACUUGCAACUGCUCGCUGCAAUCGAUGCCUACAAUGCCACAGCAGCUGGUGGUGGUGGUGGUGGUGGUGGUAAUCAAUCCUCUGGUACGUCAAAUGGUCUCCCUGUUUCCUCACCAGUACCGCCCACACCACUUCACUGUGCUACGUCUCAGUGUCCGUGUCAGUACAUUCAGAAUCACCUUUACAACAAGGCGAAGCCUGCCCCUAAUGUAUGCUGGAGAAUGCCCAAUUUUGGAUUCCACUAAUUUGUUAUAAAUAAUGGCACCGCGUUUGUUUGAAAUCAGGGACUGAGCUGUUCGGAAGUAGGAAAUGUCUUCUUUCUCAGCAAACAAAACCCUAUCGAAUAUCCUUCUGACGUGUCAAUUCAAACUAAAACAAAAACAAAAAAAAAAACAAAAAAUAAAUGUGUCAAUUUUACCAGAGCUCCAGUACGGCUGAAACAUUUAAGAGAGAAGAAACCAAUUUAUUUGGAUCGUGUGACUUUCGUGUAUAACACUUCGACAGUUCUCUUUCCUGGAUUUGCUCUAAAAAAAAUAUCAGUAUAACAGAAACCGUCCCCAUUCUAGUACUGUCCUUGUAUUGUUAGGUGAAGAUGACCACAAAGUACCCUUGCCUUGGUAAAACCAUUUUGGCUCAACAAGUAAAUCAGUUAUUCUCUUGCUUUUAAAAACGGUGCCUUUUGUCUGCUAUCAUUGUAACAAUUUUACCAGUUUCUUAAAUAUUUUGGAUGAAUGUAAUGUAAAUCGUCCAACUAAAUUUUACUUUUUGCGUUUUUGUUUUUAUCCUUGUGAUUGGAAAAAUUUGAAAAAUACAGUUCGCACCAGGGUUCCGUCCCGUGUCAAUCAG